AUGCCAGCCAGCCAGGACGUCGUGGUUCCCAAAUGGGUUUCUUUCACCGAAAAAUGGCAUAAUAAGCCCUACGAAACCAUCUCACCUAAACGCCCUGAGCUAUCAGCUGCGGGCAAGAACGUCAUCGUCACUGGAGGCGGCACUGGGAUCGGAAAGGCAGCAGCUAUUGCGUUCGCUCAAGCUGGCGCCAAGUCCGUCUCUAUCCUCGGCCGCCGACUGGAUAGGCUAGAGGCGAGCAAGGAGGCCAUCCUGGCCCAAGCUGCCAACCCCUCGGAGAUCCAAGCCCUGUAUGAGGUUGUCGAUCUCAAGAAGCGAGAGGAGGUUGAGUCUGCAUUUUCUAGCAUUGUUGGGAAGGUCGGAAAGCUCGACAUUCUUGUCAACAAUGCGGGUGCCAUGGCUCCUCCAACCCCUGCCCUCAAAUACACGGCGGAGAGUUUCUCUUCCAUGUUCGAGACCAACGUCACCACUACCCUCCAUGCCACACAGGCCUUCGUAUCGUCUGCAGGCCCAACGCCAAUCCUCAUCAACAUUUCGGCGAGUCUUGUACACAUCCAGCCGAUGGGUGGGAUGGCAGCGUAUACGGCCAGCAAGACUGCGCAGCUCAAGCUCAUAGAAUACCUUGGGGCCGAGAACCCCCAACUGCACACCGUCAACCUGCACCCUGGAGUCGUUGCGACGGAGAUUGGAGGGCCCGGCUCUGAUCUGAUCGGACAAGACGAAGUUGAGCUCCCUGGCCAGGCCUGCGUAUGGCUUGCAUCGGAGGAGGCCAAGUUCCUGAAGAGCAAAUUUGUCUGGGCGAACUGGGAUGCCGAGGAGCUGGUCAAUAGAAGGGAGAGCAUCAUAAGCUCGCGCCUGUUGACGGUGGGGCUGGAUGGUGUGGAAAUGUAA